AUGGAUUACGCGAAACAUCGUAUAUCUCUGUCAACGGUACAACGCGCGAUUUUGACAGUUGGUGCUGCUGCGAUAUCACUUCUCAAUCCUUAUCGAGGUGACAUGAUCGCAUGCUUGGCAGAAACAACCGGUACUGAUGCUCUUUCUUAUUGUCAUCGGCAAAUGCUUGCAACCUCCGAGGGAUGUCGCAUUCUUGCCGAAAAACCACGCAUAUCCUCUUCAACAGUUGAUUUUUCCGCGCUAAAACGAUUACCAGCAGGAACUCUUGGAAAAAUUUAUUACGAUUUCUUGGAAGUAAAUAACGUAUCUCCCGAUUCUAGAACUAUGGUCAAAUUCGUCCAAGAUACUGAAUUGGCGUAUGUAAUGCAACGAUAUCGGGAAACACAUGAUAUUUAUCAUGCAAUACUUUUGAUGCCAACUACAAUGCUCGGGGAAGUAUCAGUUAAAUGGAUAGAAGCAUUGCAAUUACGUUUGCCAAUGUGUUUAAACGGAGCGAUAUUUGGAGCAUUUCGAUUGCGUCCAAGACAAAGAAAAUUAUAUCUUGAUCAUUAUCUUCCAUGGGCUAUUAACACAGGAAUUAAAGCAAAAUUUCUUUUGGGUAUCUAUUUCGAGGAACGUUGGGAACAACCUCUUGUUGAUUUCCAUCGAGAAUUAAAUAUUGCUCCUUUAGUAUCGAUAGAAAAUAUUUAUAAUGAUAUGUAA